AAGCAUAUAUACACCUACACUGCACUGCACUGCAUUGCACGUACCCAACCGAUCGAAAUCGCACCACCAAGAUUACCAUUUCACAUUUCGCAAUGGCAGCCGUAGAAGCAAACGCCGCAACGACCCACCAUGAAAUCACCACGGCCGCCGCCGUCACCGCCGGAGAGCGGCAGCAGCUCAACGCCGGCGGCGAGGACGACAAGAAUAUUGGGAUGAUCGUGACUGACGACGAUGACGAAGACGAAGACGACGAGCUGUUCGAGCUCGACAUCGCCCUCAUCGACCACCGUGACGGCGAAGAGUACUACACCAAGCGCCUCGUGACGAGCAGCUGUUGCGUCGCUGUCGCCGCCGCAGCCGCCGCCGCCGACGACGACGACGAAGAAGACGGCGGUGACGCGCUCCUAGCCAACUGCCUGCUGCCGGUGAGCUCGGUCAGCAGGGCGGUGCCGGUGACGGCGAGCAGCAGCUUCGUCGUCGUCUCGUCGUAUCCCGUUGGCCGCCGCUACCACGGCGGCGGUGGGUGCGGCGACGACGACGACGACGACGCUAGCUGGAGGUGGAGGAGGUUCUUCUUCACGUCCGGCGGCGGUGGCAGGACGCGUAUUGGCCGCCACAACAGCAAUAACUCUGCGAGGUUCUCCUUCUCAAGAUUCCAAAGCUUGGCAAAUUUUCAGCGAUACUGAUGAACGAAUAUGUUCUACUGAUUCAAAGGGGCAAGAAAGAGAGAUGAAAUUUGACGUGUAUAUAUAGCCGAUGUACAGAUUGAGUUUCUGGGAUUGAAAUUUUGUACUAGCUAGCUUAGAUAGGGAAACUAUUUUAACAGCUCGAGUGGAUGUCCACCCGUUUAUUGCAUGUCAUCUAAAUGGUUAUAAAAAAAAUUAAAAAAAUAUGAAUAAGAUAGAUCAAUAUGUAAUGUAUCA